CGAGUAGUUGUGAAGUGAUAAUAAGGUGUAAAAAGUUGUUUCAAAAUGUUCAAAGUGGUUAUAUUCUGGAUGUGCGUUGCGGCUGCUUGCGCCGGCUACGUCGGCACGCCGCUGGCCUAUAGUGCCGCCCCGUUGGUUUACAGCGCGCCCUCGUCUUACGCCGUUCCUGCGGCCUACGUCAAGAGCUAUCCGUUAGCCACGUCCUACGCCAACACGUACAAGGUAUCUUUGAAGAGCCCCGUUUACCACGCGGCCCCUUUGCCACUGGCCUACUCGCAUUAUGAUACCCCUCUGAGCUACGCUUCGCCUUUGGGAUACGGCCACGGCUACGGCCACGGCUAUGGCUACGGUUACGGCUACCAUCACUGA